GAUCUUUCGUGCAUGGAAUUUUUUCAAGAAUUAAGAAUUUCAUUCGCGAUAGACACGCUUAUUAUAAAUUAGAUCUUGAAGACAAUCGCAUAUCAAAAAGAGGAUAUCCUUCGAAGAAAAUUCGAUAAAGUAAGGUUAUGCCUUGCAGAAGGUGCGGUCGGUUGCGUGAUCGAUAUCAAGAAUGUAAUUCCAUGGUAACGCAGAGAGAUGAGAGAACGGUGUGAACAUUAAAAUCGCGUCGAUCGUGCCGGUAUCAAAGAUCGUGUGUCCUUCUACCAAUAAAAAGACAACGAGAUGGGAAAUACGGAGAGCAACGUGGCCAGCGGUGUGAAGAAACAGACGGACGCGUCGUCCAUUUUGCUUUACAAAUUAGUCGACUUGAAAGGAGGUGGUUUAUUGGUAGAUAUGAUGAAAAGGGCAACGCAAACUAAACAAUACGCGGAAUUGGAUCACGCACUGAGAACAAAAGUAGAACCGUAUUUAUAUAACAAGGGUAAAGGUAAAUGGAUCCCGAUCGAGAAAUUGGUUUUGUUGAGGAACAAGGAUCGUCCAAAGCACAAAAUGCUUCCACCGUUGCGGGCUAUGGAAAAUCCGGCCGAUUACGACAUAGACAAAGAUACGGGCGAAGAUGAAGUGAGGGACGAGACGAGAAUAGAUAAAAGCAAGUACAGAUUAGUAUGCUGGAGCUUGAGCGAGAGAGGAGCAGUCGGUGAAACAAUUUUACAUUUGUGUAUGCUACAUGCAACUGCUAUUCACAUCGAUUUGGCUAAGCGUUUGCUACGUUUUUAUCCCAAGCUUAUCAACGAUGUUUACAUAAGCGACGAGUAUUAUGGCGAGAGCGCAUUACACAUCGCAAUCGUGAACGAGGAUCCGUCAAUGGUGAAAUUCCUUUUGGAUAGCGGUGCGGACGUGCACGAAAGAUGCAUAGGAAACUUUAUGUGUCCAGAGGAUCAAAAAGCGUCGAGAGCGGACAGUCUGGAUCACGAAUGGGUUUGCGUAACUCCGGAAACUAAUUACAACGGGUACGUUUACUGGGGCGAGUAUCCUUUAAAUUUUGCCGCGUGUUUGGGACAGGAAGAGUGUUACAGAUUGAUACUCGCGAGGGGGGCUGACCCCGACAAACAAGAUACGAACGGGAACACCGUUUUACACAUGCUGGUCAUUUACGAAAAAUUGGCGACAUUCGAUAUGGCGUACGAAGUGGGCGCAUCGUUAGCGAUCAGGAAUGCUCAACACUUAACGCCCUUGACGUUGUCGGCCAAAUUGGCAAAGAUCGAAAUGUUUUUUCACAUUUUGAACAUCGAGCGAGAGAUUUAUUGGCAGAUCGGAAGUAUAACGUGCGCAGCUUAUCCUCUCUCGCAAGUCGACACCAUCGAUGUCGACACGGGAAGCAUUAGCCACAAUUCCGCUCUAAAUCUGGUCGUGUUCGGCGAAAAAGACGAGCAUUUGGAAUUGAUGGACGGGAUUCUGGUUGAUCUGUUGAACGCCAAGUGGAACACAUUCGUCAAAUUUCGGUUUUAUCGUCAAUUUUUCCUUUGUUUUUACUUUGUCCUGUCGUUGAUCAGUUUCACCCUUCGACCUGGCCCAGCGACGACAUCAUCCGUUCCCAACCCCGUCGCUCAAACGCCCCUUACGUCCACCGAAUUGUCCACAAUUUCCCCAAAAGUGGAUCCUCCCGUCUCGAACGUUACUGUCAAUCGAAGCUCGAAUGCUUUCCAACACGAUUCCAAUCUCUCCCUCCUUCUUGAUAAAAUUCUUUCCACUGCAAGCGUAAAAUAUCCUUGGAACGUGACAAGAACUCGUCUCGAUAAGCUGAAGCUCGAUAUCAUCGAGAAUUUGACAACCGCUUUGAACAAUCUACUGUCGACACACCGAGACGAGAUCGAAUUUUUUAACCACUCUUACAAAACAACCGAAUAUUUCCAUUCUACGAGAAACGAUACCACGCCGAUCGAUAAUUUGAAAAUUACGAUCAAUGAAACUGUCCUUUCGGUAAAUUCGACGAUUCUGUUCAACGAUGGGAUAUCGUUUGCCACUGGCAAAUACAACUGGUGGAACAAUCUUACAGAAGAAUGUAGACUAAUGCAUGUAGAUACGUUAUCGACAAAGAUUAGAUUGACUGCUGAAGUAUUAAUGGAAAUUGCGGCCACUCUUUACAUUUUUGCAGCAUUGCGAGAAGCCAGAUUCCUUGGUCUUAAUAUGUUCAUUGAAAAUCUAAUGACUGCACCGUCCAGAGUGAUGUUUCUCUUUUCCUGCUGUAUAUUGUUAACCUUCCCAUUUUUAAGAUUGAUUUGCGCCGACCAAGUUGAAGAUAUGCUAGCUGUUGUCGUUAUGUUAACCACGGCACCGUAUUUCUUAUUUUUCUGUAGAGGUUUCAAAACGGUCGGCCCAUUCGUCGUGAUGAUUUACAGAAUGAUCAUGGGCGAUCUCCUCCGUUUCGUCUCCAUUUACUUGGUCUUCGUGAUGGGAUUUUCCCAAGCAUACUAUAUUAUAUUUUUAUCUUUCGAUAAUCCAAAUACACCGGAAGGAGUAGAUGAUUCGAUGAGCAAUCCAAUGCCGUCACCAAUAGAAAGUAUAAUGGCAAUGUUUCUUAUGAGCAUGACAAACUUUGGAGAUUAUUAUGGUGCUUUUGAAAGAACGCAACACGAGAUAGAAGCCAAGUUUUUAUUUGUAGUAUACAUGGCGAUCGUUGCUAUAUUAUUGGUAAAUAUGUUAAUUGCCAUGAUGGGAAAUACGUAUCAGAAAAUUGCAGAAACAAGAAAUGAAUGGCAAAGACAAUGGGCACGUAUAGUUUUAGUAGUUGAAAGAGGAGUGAGCCCUGAGGAAAGACUUAAGAAAUUAAUGGAUUAUUCUCAACCAAUGUCCGAUGGUCGAAGAGCAUUAGUACUUCGAUUGAAUCAAUCGGAAGAGGACAAAGAAGAAAUGAAAGAAAUUCUAGAGAUGAAAAGAACUCAUGAUAAAUUAUACAAAAAAAGACAGAGCAAAAUAAUGAAAAAGAUUUUAACAUCAGAGGAUAAUGUUAUUUUAUAAUAUUAUUAUUAUUAUGCAAAUAUAUCGAUAU